CCUGCUUAUUGAAAUCUGCUGGGUAUGCCCCUUUUGCAAUAUGAUUGGCUUUUGGACUGUCAAACCAAAGUGUAGUCAGACGUACUAGCAACAGCUUAAUGUGAAUUAUCGAAGUUAAUUGUUGCUCCUAAACUCCAUAUAGUCCCGACGGACGGUGAGGUUGAAUCCGGAUGGCUGUAAUUGUGCGGCAACUGGCUGACUGGACUUUAACCACUCUUUUCCAGCUGAGGAUUGACGCCCGCUGAGUGACAUGGAAGAAAUGUCACCCGCUUGCCGACAUAGAACGGGCUAGAGAACGGCAACGACAUUGUAGAGAGUGGGGAUUAUGCAGAGCAACAUGUCAAAUCGGCUUGUUCCCUGGUUACACACACACCACGAGGCGGUCUAGACUGGCAUACCCGACAAAUUUUUGAUUGUCGGGUCGCCAAGAGUGUUCAGAGUCGCCAAUCCAUCCAGAAUGAAGGAUUCCAAUGGUAGGGAUAUCCCCAACCGUCGAUCGCCAAUGUCCUUGGCGGUCCCUACAUAGACAAGAAGCGCUUGCAUUUGACAUGUUCCCCUGCUUUUGUACGCGUGGUCUUCAGCCACUAAAAUACAAAGUAAGGCGGAUGGUUUCCACUGUUGUUAGUCUGUUUGUCGUGUAGACAUACGAAUAAUCUCCGACUUGACGAGUCUAUGCGUCUAUGCGCUGUGUUCAGGCGCGGAACCUUCUAAAUUCCGUGUAAGAACCUUCCUGGCUAAGGCUGAAUCUCUCGGAUCCAACGGAGCGGCGCGGGUCUAUGACAUUAAGAUUUGGCCCCUGCUGAUGGGUCUAUUCAUCUCUCAUCAAUAGUGCGGUCACGAUCACGGUCACUUGAGAUCAACAUGCUGUCUUUGUGAGAAUGGUCUUCCUUUGACCCGCCCGUCACUUACCAUGUCAUCAGCCCUUGCCAGAUGUUAGCCGCCUUGAUGGAUCUUGGCCGAGGUCGUUAUCAAACGUCCAAUUCUCACAAGCCGCUAAUAAGGAUUAGCACGGGCAAGGCCACACGACCCGGCCCCCCGGCGACGGGCUCCUCCGCUAGGCCCGUCCCAUCCCCGCCACUGGUCUCGGCACCGGAGCCACGGUUCUGUUCCCGCCCCACGACACGGGGAACUUGACCCCUGCGGCCGGGGGAUUGGGCGGCGAGGCGAGCGACACAGGCAGAGGCCAGAGGCGAGAUGGAGCGAGCGCGGUGGCCUCUGCGCGGUGGCACAUGGACAACUCGUCCCACAAGCGCAUCGUGGAAGCGG